AUGUCCCAUCUCGCACAAGUUUCCGCAAGCCUGAUCAGACCCCAUCACAUUCCCUCGGCAGCAGAAGACAGCCACCAAUCCCCUCUACAAAACCCUAGAGUUCAUUUCCGUGAUGCCACAGAAUCUGAUAUCGACGACAUCACAACACUGAUCCUGGAUGCAUUUGGUCCGAACGAGGAACGGCAGUAUAUCCAGCCGCAGCGAAAACUGUACCCUCACUACGAGUGGCACUGCACGCGGGAGAUUAUCCGGGAGCAAUGGUCGCAGUCUAGCUGGAAUGGUACCUUUGCAAAGGUCGUUGCGGUCUCGGAUCAUAGUACUGAUGUCGAGAAGGAUGGGAGAAAGCGCGAUGAACGUGUCGUCGCUCUCGGCAUUUGGAAUAUCUAUCAUGGGGAUGGUAAGGUUACUUCGACCAUACUUGAUAGAAAGGGCCUGACACCAUUUUCAUCACUGGUCAACUCCAAUCCCACCACAUCCAGUAUACAAUUUCACGACAACGACGACGACAAACCACCAUUUAAUUGCUCCCUCAACCUCGCCAUGAACACGACUCGCGAAGAGGACUUCUUCAGGCAAUGGAACGAAGCCAAGCACAAACACAUCGACGAAGCCUAUGAAAAGCAACUCUACCUCAACGUCCUGUGCACGCAUCCGCAAUGGGAUGGACACGGCUUUGCGGCUAUGAAUUUGGAUUGGGGGACGAGCCUUGCACGAUCACUGGACCUACCAGUGACGUUGAUCGCGACACCUGCUGGAUAUCCGCUGUAUGAUUCUUAUGAAUUCGAGAGUGUCAGUAAUGUCUCGAUUUCGAAGCUUGAUGGGCUGGGGAGUCUGUGGUAUGAGGUUAUGAAAUAUUCUAGUUGA